AAAAACAGAAAUCUUCAUCGCCUUGCCUGUCAAUUUCACAAGUAAGGUUCAUAAACAUAAACAGUAAUUUUCGUCGCAAAAUUCAUCGUUUAUUGAUGAAUUUAAUUCCUUGAUAAGAUUAAGCUUACCCCAGUGACGAUUUGUGACAUCAUCCGAUAGUGCGCUCAGUUUGUUUUUCCGGGAAUAGUGAUUGUUGCGCAUUAAUAAGAAAUGGUCAAUUCGACACCCGUGGAAGUGUCUGUGAAUGAAGGCGUAGAUUUGAGCAAAGUGCCUCUGAGUGCAUUAAAUCAUAAAACGUAUGAGCUGCUGUCGGCGUCAUUGAAUAGAAAGAAAAUAUUUAAAUCAGAAGAUGGCUAUUACCGCGAUUGGCGAGGGUUGUUUCAAGUGCUCAAAUUGGAUACAUAUCAUGGAGUCGAGUUGGAGAAGCAUGCCAAUCCAACAAAAAGAAUUCUCGAUCUUUGGGAAAGCUCGUUAGAAGGAGCUAGUCUUAAAGGCCUUCAGGAUAUUCUUGGACUAAUUGACAGAUGGGAUGUUUUGGAUGAUAGCAACAGGUUUUUUCAUGAGGACGCUGAAAAAUUUUUAUGCAAAGCUUCCAAAAAGGUUGGAGCGAACCAAAUAGAAGAGAAGGACUGCAGCUUAGAAGCCGACGAAGACAUCAUUACGAAAGAUGACACACGGCACAAGAAGCAGUUUUAUGAUGCGUUUAUCUUAUUUGCCGAUGCCGAUAUUGAAUUCGCCACCAAAAUCAUGGAGCGAAUGGAAGAAAGAAAAUUGAAGCUUUGUGUGAAAGAUCGCGAUCUGCUGGCUGGUGUUACGUUUGAGCAUGAAGCAAUCAUAAAGCUGAUUACGGAACGAUGCCGGCGACUGGUGGUUGUUAUUUCGAGAGAAUUUUUGAAAAGUCCGUUGAAUAAUUUUUUCGUCAUGUACGCACAAGCAUUACAAAUUGAACAAAAGAAACGAAAAAUUAUACCCUGUGUGUACGAACGACUGGAACUUCCGGCGAACCUCAAAUUUUACUUCAUUUUGGACUACAAGCGAUCAAACAAACUAUACAACUUUUGGGAUAAACUCGAAGAUGCCAUCAAAGUUCGAACAGAUUCCCCAGUGAAUGAGAUUAAGAAUCAGCUGAAAGCGGUAGAAUCAACGAACAUUCCCCAAAUAAAAAUUGAUGACGUGAAUGAAACAUCCGAAGAAAAGGCGACACAAAAGUCAAACAAACUUGAAAAUUCUGCCUCCAUCGCAUCGAAUACAACUUCAUUUCCCGCAGUUUCUCAGCAGCCUAUCAAAAAAUCACUUUCCUCGUGGGAUGUGAGUAAUGCACUCAACCGUGUGCUGACAAGCAAAUCUAAGAAUGCAUCAUCCAGCACAUCGGAACUUCCAACCGGAGUCGAAACUAAUGAUCAGGAAGCGAAAAAGGUGAAGUGGUAUUCCAAGCUGGGCUUAUCGUCCAGUAAAUCUAGCCUGGAUGGUGACCGGUCAGAGAAGAAGAAAACCAAGUGGUUCAAAUCCAACAAAAAGAUUGCAACGGCUAUGUGAUAUAUGCAACUGCGUGCCUUGACUAGGUUAAAAGUUACGAACAUUCGUAAUUUGUUGAAUAUUACCAGAUGAAUUUAUGUAUCUUUGAACUUUUAAUGUGCUCAAUAAAUACAACUUUUUUAAUUAAUAGAA